CACUCCGCAUGUGACACAACAAGGAAGUUAAAACACAACCUGAAGGGUUGCUUCUCUUCAAAGCGACGUCUCUUUAAAAGCUCCUUUAUUUACUUUGCUGUCAGGUAACAACUUGACAGUAACGAUGUAAAAGGAUCGCGGUGUUGUAAUAUCUAUCACAGAGUGAAUUGGUAGAACAGAGCAAAAUGUUUGCAUCACUCCAUUUUUUACUUUUAAUGUUCUAUUUUCCGCUGGGACAGACCUCGUUACCGCUUGUCAUCAACACGUGGCCGUUUAAAAGUGCGACAGCUGCAGCCUGGCGUUCCCUGCAGUCCGGUGGUUCAGUCUUGGACGCAGUGCAGGAAGGCUGUGCCCGCUGUGAAAUAGAGCAGUGUGAUGGGACAGUCGGCUUUGGCGGCAGCCCUGAUGAGACUGGAGAAACCACGCUGGAUGCUAUGAUCAUGAACGGUAAUACGAUGGAGGUGGGUGCAGUGGCAGACUUGAGAAGAAUCAAGAAUGCUAUUGGAGUUGCCAGAGCUGUGAUGGAGCGCACAGAACAUACAAUGCUAGUGGGAGAGUCCGCUUCUGUGUUUGCUGAAAACAUGGGCUUUGUUGCAGAAGACCUGACUACCAACCAAUCUUUGAAUGUUUUCUCACAGUGGCUGAAGGGCAACUGCCAACCUAAUUAUCGAAAGAACGUCAGUCCAGAUCCUUCAAAGUCGUGUGGACCUUACGGGCCAGAGGCCAUGCAUUCAUGGUGCAAUGGAGAACGCCAUGUUAAUAUACACUCCCAUGAUACCAUAGGGAUGAUUGCCAUCGAUAAAAAUGGUCAUGUGGCAGCUGGAACGUCAACCAAUGGACUAAGUCACAAGGUUCCUGGCCGUGUUGGGGACUCCCCCAUCAUUGGAGCAGGAGCCUAUGCAGACGGUUCAGCUGGUGCUGCUGCCGCUACUGGUGACGGAGACCUCAUGAUGCGCUUCCUACCAAGCUACUUGGCUGUGGAGCUGAUGAGAAACGGGGCAGAUCCCUCAGCAGCCUGCAAGUCGGCCAUUUCCAGAAUCAAACGCCAUUACUCAGACUUCUUUGGAGCCAUAAUCUGCGCUAACACAACAGGCCAUUAUGGUGCAGCAUGUAACAAGGUCCCCAGCCUGACAGAGUUCCACUUCAUGGUGGAAAACUCCGAGUCAAACACACCAGUCCUAAAAUCUGUAGCUUGCUUUUAAACAAACUCCUUCACAUCUUUCAUGGUGUCUGUGGACUACUGGGCUCCAGGAGGCAUUAUUAUUAUUCUGAUGAUUGCAAGUAAUUGAACUAAAGUCCCCAAAAAAAGAUUUUUUUGAAUAUAAAUAAAUAAAAAGUGUACAAAAUA